AUGAGAGUUUCCGCUGCGAUUUUCGCUGCUCUUCUUGUAGCUUGUAAGUUCUGGUAGUAAUUUAAUGGAAAUUGGGUCUUUGAAGUUAUUUUUGGCUUUAUUUUGCAAUAAAAAUAAAAAUUUUUGUCUCAAAAAUAGGAAGAGGUAUGAUUACAGGCGCCUCGGCCGAUUCCUCCUUCUUCUUCAACACCGGAGUGCAACUUAACGCCGGUCAAACCAACACUCCCGACCGUCUCGAGCAAGAGCUCAUCAAAGCCGGCUUCGAUUUGAAGGUGAAUCCGUUGGAAAAGCUGGCUUUCGCCGGAGAAAGAGAUCAAAUCUGCGCCAUUUAUCAGCAGGAAAAGUUUGCCUCCAAGAACAUUGCCCUCAGAGCUUUCUUGAGAAUUGCCUGCGAACUGAAGUAUGAAGGUGAGGCGGAGAAAACAUUGUUGGUUUUUUGGGCCGAUUGUGGGGCUUUCAAACUUUGUUUACGAUCGCAAAGUUCAGCUGCGAAACUGGUUAGAAAAACUGAAGACCACCGACGUCUUUUUAUAUCUUCACGUUCAAAAUCCUUUCCGACAGAGCUUGUUUUGACGUUCUGCGUCGAUUUCUAAUAGCUUUAUAGAUUCCUCAUUUAUCAGACAUAUGAAUUCUAAGAUUUAGUAAAAAGAGGGCACCUAACGAAGAGAUCAUCUGGGCAAAGAGUUCACCUGGGCGAAGACAGAACCUUGAGGAAAAAAUGAUAUGGUAAGGGGGCCCAAGACAGAUUUUUUAGAAUAAUUUUUUUUUGGAUUGCCAAGAAAAUGAUACGGUAAGGAGGGACCAAAGCGGAGUGUUUAAGAAUAAUUACAAUCCGCUUUAGUCCCCCCUUACCAUAUCAUUUUUUUGACAAACCAAAAAAAUUAUUCUAAAAAAUCUUUCUUGGACCCCCUUACCAUAUCAUUUUUUCAUCAAGGUUCUCUCUUCGCUCAGGUGCCCUCUUUGUCCAGAUAACCUCUUCGUUAGGUGCCCUCUUCUUAGCAAAUCUUGGAAUUCAUAUGUUUGACAGAUGAGGAAUCUACAAUGAGGGACCGGAUCCAGUGGCAAAAACUGCAUCAUUUUGCAUCCGGGAAGUAUCAAAAAUACGGCAAAAUGCCUCCCUCUCAAACUAAAAAUACUCCGUUUUGGACUGCGCGCCCUUUCUCUCACACAAAGAGUGGAGGCGCAAUUGAAAUCGGAGAUUUUUCACUUGGAGAGGGAAGCAUUUUGCCACAUUUUUGAUACUUCCCGGAUGCAAAAUGACACGUUUUUUGCCACUGUAUAGGGUCCCACUGUGUAAAGCUAUUAGAAAUCGACGUAGAACGUCAAAAUAAGCUCUAUCAGAAAGAAUUUUGAAUCUCGUCAGAUCCGACCAAAUUCCACUCAUAAUUUACAAUGACGUCAUCAGCAAAAAAUGAAUGAAAAUUUCAGCGCUGACACAGUUCUCGGAAUGCAUCCAAGGCAUGGAAGAGACCCUCGAGCCGCAAUGUGAACGCUACUGCACACGCAAAUUUGCCAUCGCUUCGCUUCAAGGGCGAUGCGACGCAUUGGCUUGCACCUCGAACUGUGUGGACACUCAGCUCAAGGAGUGUGGAUUUGAAACCGCUGAUGAGUCGUUGAACACCUUGUAUUCGGAGCUUCUGGGAGCACAAAUCGCGUGGAGCUGGGGAUUGGCAACUGUCGAGGAGGUGCAAAAAACUGCAGAGACUGGACCAGCAUCAUGCAAAAAGUUGAUCAACUUGUCGCGUACGUUGUUUUGAGCUUUCGAGAUUUUUUUUUUCGAAAACUUUUCGAGAACCUUCUUUUUUGUAGACUUUUGCACAGAAAAACAGGUUAAAUAUCAGUUCGGAUUAGUCAACUACUCGUAAUUUUACAGUAAAGAAUGCCUGCUUCGCACAGGAAACGACCUUACUCGCCUAGUAAAGAAUUCAAGGGCAACCUUGUGUCAUUUCCGGGAGCCCUGUUUUGCUAUAACUUUGUGGUUAAAGAGUCGAUUUUAAGCAAUCAAUCAUCUCUUAAAAGGUAUGAUUGAUUGCAAUAGGAAUACCGGACAGUAGUUUGUGGCGGGCCCACAUUUGCAGGCAGCUAAAGGUUCAAAAAAAAUUUUUUGAAAACAAACUCCCAUAACUUUGAAAGCGGUGGAAGAAUUCAAUAGAUUCGUUAACUUGUCAGUACCAGGGAAUUGACAAUGCAAAAUAUCUAACAUACUACUGUGAGGGACCUGGUCCAAUGGCAAAAAACGUCUCCUUUUGCAUCCCGGAAGGGACCAAAAUGACUCCAAACCCUUCCCUUCUCUAAGCUAAAAAACUCCGCUUUGAAAAGCGCGCCCUUUCCUUCAAGGCGGGCUCUUCAAAUAUGCUAGUGUCUGGUUCUACUAGCGGGGUUUUUUUUAGCUUAGAGAAGGGAAGGGUUUGGAGACAGUUUGGUCCCUUCCGGGAUGAAAAAUGAGACGUUUUUUGCCACUGGAUCCGGUCCCUCACCGUAUGUUGAUUAGGGUAGCAAAAUCGAAAUUCUAAUCGGUAGAUGCCCGCAAGGAUGGUUGCCCGCAAGAGUCACGACGCUGUACAGUGACGGACCCGAUCCAGUGGCAAAAAACGUAAAAUUUUGCAUCCGGGAAGCAUCAAAAAUGUGGCAAAAUACCUCCCUCUCCAAGUAAAAAACUUCGUUUUGAAGGCGCCCUUCCCUCACAAAAAGAGCGGACGCGCUUUUGAAAUCGGAGUCUUUUCACUUGGAGAGGGAAGCAUUUUGCCACGUUUUUGAUACUUCCCGCAUGCAAAAUGCCACGUUUUUUGCCACUGGAUCGGUUCCGUCACUGUAGUUUGUAACCUCUUGGUCCAUGAAAUGAGCUUUUUAAUAGACUAAACUAUCUUACAAAGAGCUUUUCAGUGAAUGCCCUGGAUUCCGUCGAAAUCAUGGCCAAAGUCUCGAAGAACAGAUUCAGCAAAUAA